UCGACAUUUGGUUUUAGCCUUGAUCAAAUUAUUUGAAGGUUUGGUCAUAACUAUAAUCAUAUCUUUUGACCGGUAGUUGGGAGAGAGUUCCCUCGGUUAGCUUGGUUCCCCCUCACACCACAUGCAGUAAACGAGCUGCUAAAAUGGAUGAAACAUCAAGCCAAGACGAUCAGCACUUACUUUCGCUGCUAAAAUCCCUCCAGAAAGCUUCAAAUGAUCUGCAGAAAAAACCCCUUUUUUCAUCACAUGAACCCCAAUCCACCAUUGAACGUUUCUUGGACCUCGAAAGGGAUGAAAGCAUCGUUUUUGAUGACCACCCUAAUCUCUUCAAGCUGUCUCAGCUGCUUUGCAACCUCAAAACCCACCUUGAGAAGCUCCAAAAAUACCAGGGUUAUAGCCUCCCUUGCAUCCUCAGACGCCAAAUCAUCAACUACAAGAUUUACCAAGUUGCUUAUGCAAUACAGAAUCCGAGCCUAUUUCGAUCGAGAAAGCGUUGAAAUCCUUGUGGCAACACUUGAAGGUUCAGCUGACGAGGAUGGGAAAGUGAACGUUUUGGUUGAGUUUGAGAAUCGUUUAUCACAAGGUUUUGAUAUGCACUUUCAAGAUUUAAUUUUGAAAGCCAAAAUAUUCUCGAUUCUCGAUUUUUGCUUUGCGACUCUUCAUGCUCGAUUAGAAUUCCAGAUCAGGUAGCACUAGUCAUAGCUUCAUUGGUUAGAAUCAAUAAAGAUGUUUUUGUGGGAUUGGUGCUAAUGGGUCCAUCUGUUCGAGCUCUAAUAUCGAUGUCAUCUCGUUGUUCAAUUCGAGUCCUUUCUUUACUGAUCAAGUUCAUUAGAAUCCCUUUGGUUGAUGAAUUAGAAGCACACAAAGAAAUCCCAAGAAUUAUAAGCCUUUUGAGCUCAGAAAACGUGGCGAUUCAAGCAGGAGCCAUAGAUUGCAUACUUGAAAUCUCGUGUUAUGGCAGAAGAGAAGCAAUUGAAGCAAUGCUUGAAGCAGGGCUGGUUGAGAAGCUGGUGAAAUUUCAGAGAUUAGAAAAGCAAGCCAGUGUGGAUGAAAAUGGUUCAAAAUCAGAGCCAAAAACGGACAAGGAAGAGGGUUAUGAGGGGAAUUGUCCAUUUGAAGGUUGUGUUGCAAGAUUUGCAGUGCAAUUAGAAUCAGGAGAAAUGCUAAGUAAAAAGGAGAAAAUAGAAUUUAAGUUGGAGAUUUUGAGGAGAGUCAGAGAAGCCUCUGUUUCUGAGGCAGAGAAAGCUUCAAUUGUUGCAGAGGUACUAUGGGGUUCCUCCCCUUGAAAUUUGUAAUACAUUUGUUUUAGUUGCAGUGAAACAUUGGUAACAGGAAAAAUGUUUU